AUGGAAGUUCAACGAGAAGAAGAGAUAACAAAUCAAGAACAACAACAGCAACAACAGCAACAGCAACAACAGCAACAGCAACAACAACAACAAGAACAACAGGAUGAAAGUUCACUAUCAAUGAAUGAUCGUGUUAAGGCAAAAUCAUCAAGCCUACCGCUGUCCAAAAUAAAAAAAUUAGCCAAAAUGGAUUCUGAUUACAUGAUAACGUCCAAUGCAGCAUUUAUGGCAGUUGCAUUUGCAACUGAAUUAUUCAUUCAAUGCUUCAGUGAAGAGGCUGUCAUAAUGAAUCAAUUGAAUUCCCAUAGAAAGACCAAUAAAACUGAUACAGGGAGAUUGACCUAUAAUGAUUUAGUUGAGUGCGUUAAAAAGAAGGAAAAUUUUCAAUUCUUGGAAGAUGUCAUUGUACCAAUAAAUAAACAAGAUGUCGUAAGUCAUAGAAAAGGAAACGUGAGGUCUCUCAACCAUGAGCAACAAGAUGAUGGAGAAGAACCAAAAGCUAAAGAAGAUGGCAUGGAGAUAGAUGAGCAGGAGGAUAGGGAAGAAAAUGAGGAGGUAGACGGAAAACGGGGUCAGACCAAUAGUGCACAAAUAGGAAAUGAAAUGUCUGUACCUUCUAAAGUACAAAAGACAUUAUCAUUCUUCAAGUACGAAGAUCCUUCAGCAAAGAAAUCUAUUUCUAAAAUUGGUGAAAAGAGUAAUAAGAAAACGAAUGCCCUUGAUGAUAUAAUAAGAGACAGUUCAGACGAAGAUAUGUAUGCAUCAGAGAAAGAUGAAGAAUCAGAGACGGUACUGGAAGAUGAGCAAGAAGAAGAUGAUGAUGAAGAGGAUGAAGAAGAACAAGAAGAGGACAAUCCACUGCAAGAACAACUCGAAGAGGUUGCCAAAUUAAAUACGGUCCCGGACCUUGGUUCAUCAGAUGCUGAAGAAGAAGAAGAAGACGAAGACGAAGAGGAUGGAGAGCAACAUACUAAUGACAAUAGCGAUAGCAAUGAAGAGUGA